AUGGCCAGCACCGUCGGCCACAGUCUCGACGUGGACUGGCUCUUGCAUUCGAAGAAAGAGCUACCUCAAUCCUUAGGAACCAAAGUUAACGACGUGCGAUCACAAUCUCCGCCACUGAUCAAAUCGACCGAACCAACUCCACCGUCUACGCCGACCGAUCGCAAGCCGCCCAAAAAGGCACAGAAAGAAGCUGGCUCUGGCGCUGCAUCCCAGAAAACCGUGUCACCACCGAAUGGCGUCAACGGUACCACGCAGGCGAGUGCACAAAAGGCUGGAGCUGCAAAUCCCCCGCCAAAGAGCCAGCAGAAUGCGCGACCUUCUCUGACAAGAGGACAAAGUGCCGAGGACAAGAAGACCUUGAAGGGCAGUACACCCAAUGGCAAAAAGGACGGAAGACGUAGCUCCUGGAUAUCCAGCAUCAGCUCGAAAUUUACUUCUCCUACUCCUUCGCGCCAGUCGAGUGUGGACGACAGAUCGGGCCUCGGCAAACCCGAUGUGCCAUCACCACAGCCCAGCCCAAAGCUGGAGUUGCCGAAUCCUUUCAACAAGAAGGAAGCGGUCAAAGACGGGCAUGCCGACACUGCGAAAGAGGAAAAGCCACCCCCGGUUGUGCAUGCUGGCCCACGGCGACCCUCGGUUCUGGUGGCUGCCGGCAAGGAGACGAAGCUGGAGCAUCCCGGUUUCCUCUCGAGCGCGUUACGGAGACUCUCGUCGUCGUCCAACGUCACCAUGGGCAAAGGUGCUGCGUCCGGGGCAAUUUGUCCGAGGAGGGUCAUGAACAUUGACCAAAAUCGACAACGAGUGAAGAUCAGCGAAUUCGACCAGAUCAAACUCAAGAGGGUGGCCUUCUGUGUCGAUGUAGAAAUCGCCGGGUUUUCUGCGUCGGCCGAGGAGGAGCCUGACAAGUUCAGCCGUCCUGCAGCGUCGAACGUGCAGAAACAAAGCCUCACACCGGAGAAGGAGUCCAACAAAAAGGAGGUCAAGGACGCGAAGGCCAAAGACAUCGGGGAGGGCGCUGCUCUGAAAAACCCCACCGCUGCCACGGAGGCAAAGGAAGAAGCACCGGCAGCUCAGCCGGAGCAGACGUCUGAAAAUGCCAAAGACAAACAAGAAGUCAAGGCUUCCUUGAACGACACCACAUCGGCCGAAGGCCAGCCUGCACCCACCACCACAAGAAAAAAGGAAAAGAAGAAACGGUCCGAAGCAGAACGGAAAGAACGGAAAGAGAAAAAGCGGCGGCACGCAGAGGCUAAUGGACUCGUGCCUCUCGAGUUGACCAGAGACGACGAUGAUUUGGACUCGACUUCCAGCAACACCCCCCCUGGCGCCUCAACUCCGAGACGACCAAUGGACGGGCCCACGAUAGACCCUCUACGGAUUUACAAGCGAUGUUGCCAACUCCGCGAGACGUCCAUUCUCCCUCAGAUGAAAGAGCAAAUCACGAAACCGUCUGCGACUUUGGCAGAAGCACCCGGAAUAGUGGCGGUAAUGGACCUGACCGGACUCCGAAUGUCACUACAGGACAUCAACACGUUGGGCGACUGGCUCGCCAUCGUGCCCGUUCGAAAACUUAUCCUGGAGAACUGUGGCCUGACGGACGAGGGUGUGAGGGUGAUUCUGUCCGGACUCUCCAGCUGCAAAUCCAUAGAGCAGACUCGCCAAAAUCGGAAACUUCCCAAAAGGUAUACGGGGAAACGUGGGAUAGAACAGAUGGGUGUCAUUGAAAAGUUGUCGUUGAAGGAUAACCCGGCCAUCACCAAUCUGGGGUGGAAGCACAUUGGACUUUUCCUGCACAUGUCAACAUCCCUCAAGGCGAUUGAUCUGUCUGGGCUGCAGUUUCCGAGGUCAGGCGAACUGUCGCGGACACCCUCAGACAAUAGUUCCGUCAGCAAUGCUGACACCAAUUCCAGGCCCGCCGAUCUGGGAGCUUUGAUCAUCCAUGCGCUGACGAUACGGCUGGGUGACAGAUUGGAGGAACUCGUCCUUGGCCGGUGUGGACUGUCGACCCAAAAUAUUCAGGACAUCGUUGAGUGUGCCAUAAAACGCAACAUCCGUCGACUUGGCCUGGCCGACAACAAUCUGAACGAGGACGCGUUGGCACAUCUCAUCCGUUACAUCAAGUCCGGCAGCUGUGAGGGUCUCGACCUCGGUGGGAACGACUUACGAGGUCUUGGACACGUUCUCGCAGAAGUUGCUGAUGACAAAUGCCCGCUGUUCGCCAUCAGUCUUUCGGCUUGUAAUCUGACACCGAACGACCUCAGCGCGAUCCUGAUUCCAUUCGCCAAGCUCACGAACCUCAAGUUCAUGGAUCUGUCACAGAACAAGGCGUUGUUUGCCGAGGGGCCGAAUGCCGUGCCGGUUUUGCGCAAGCUGCUGCCCAGAUUGAAGGAGCUGAGACGCAUUCACCUGUCCGAUGUCGACCUGACUCCUGAUCAAGUGAUCGCCCUGUCCGAGAUCCUGCCAGACUGCCCGAACAUGAUGCAUGUCAGUAUCUUGGACAACGCACCUCUACUGCAUGCCAUGAAUUCCAAAGAGGAAGGCGCUCAAGAAGAGGCUUGUGCUUUCUUUGCGGCGUUGAUGACAGCCGUGCGGGUGUCGGAAACGAUAUUCGCGGUGGAGAUCGAGGUCCCCGGUGCUGACAGCAGCGAAGUCGUCAAGGCAUUGGCAUCCCAGGUUGUGGCAUACAGUCUUCGGAACAUGGAACGGACCACGCUCGGCGACAUGGGUAUCAAAGCGGCCAAUCCUGAUGCGAAGGACGCUCCUGAAGUGCUGCUCCACCUUGUUGGGCACAUGGAAGGGUACGCUGAAAACCACGACAAUGACGAGCCGGCUCCGGACGAGGAUUACCUUAUUGCCUCUACGGGUAUCGUCAAAGCCCUGGACGUUUGUCUGACAAGCAAAGACGGGACCAGCCGAACACAUUCAAGGAACAUCAGUCCGAGUGUCAGUGGUACGGCGACGCCGAGACAAAGUACGACCCAGGUCAAACCGCGGGAUGUUAGCCUGCAGCUUUGCGACAGUGCAAGGAAGAUCCGGAUGAGGUUACGGCCUGUCCUCGUCAGGGAAGAUCGUGCAGGGAAUGACUACAACUAUCGUCGUCUUCUCAACCUCGAUCAAACCUUGCAGCGUAUGAUUGAAAGAUUCGAGGACGAGUAUCCAGAAACCAAAGCUGCAGAUCCAGGACUUGUCUCGGCAGCCGGCUCACCGUCGCCAGGUCCUCCAACGGCGGAUUUUUCGAUGCUGUCGACGUCGGUUGGUUCCGAUGGGUUGACGAAGUUGACUUCUGCGGAUGAAUACUUCCCUACGCAACAGGACGGCCAGAACUCUCUCCCCAUUAAAUUAUCUCGCACCACGUCGGAAGCGUCACUCGCAGCCAAGGCAUUCACCGAUGAAGAAGGCCGUAUGCAUCGUCUGGGACAGAGCAUUCGCAGAGAAGUGCUCAAGCCAACGGGCAUGGACGAUGAGCUACACGGUACACGCUCUGACGAUGGCCCGGAAACCCCUCAUCUGGCUGCUCUCCGAGCGAAACUCGAAGCACUGAGCGGAGAGGAUAUACGGGCAAAGGUCCAAAGGGAUGGUGCAGAUGAGGUGUUGCGACAAAUUGGCCUGAAUGCCCAGGAGCUGUUGACUCUACGAGACACGGAUCCUGAAGGGUUUGAAGCCUUCCGCAUGUCCCAGAUGGCGGCAGCUAUCAACAGUGGCGUUGUAAACGUCUGA